UUUGGUAUUUGACCGCGGGCUCAUUAUCAAAGAUCAACCAAAAUGGCGGACGAUAAGAAAGACGACAACCCUCUCUCUUUCUUUUCCACUGGCGACGAUGAUAGCUCUAGUUCCGACUCAGAUAGCGAAAACGAUAAAGAACACGACACAGACAACUCUGAGGUUACUAAGGAACAACUACACUCACCAGAAAGUAAACUUCCUUCGCCGGAUACAUUAUUCGCAACAGUAGGUCGGCCAUCGUUUUUAGCCACAACCAAAGAAGAAAACACCAUAGACUGGGACGUAAUUUCUAAGCGAUGCGAGCCAAAUAUGUCAGUUUAUUCCGCGCCUCCGAUGAGCUUAAAAGAGCGAGAAAAUAGCGCCGAAUAUAAUGAUGCGAUGAUAACUUCACAGCCUCAAAAAUACGGCAAAGAACUUAGCGAUAUACAGAAACAUCUCUUGGUGCACGGCAAGCGACCCGCAAAUGAUAUUAGGGCGAUGACUCACAGAGAAGGGUCAGGAGAAGGUGAGGAGAAAAGAAGAAGAAGAAAUCUUGACAGAGGUUCUCCAUCUUGUAUGCAGUCAGCUUGUUCACAAGUCUUUUGUAUGGUACUUUAUUUUACAUUGUUUUAUUCUUCAAAUAGCUAGUUUUGGUAUCAUGACCAUGAUCAGGGGUAGAUCCAUCUUGUAUGCAGUCAGCUUGUUCACAAGUCUUUUGUAUGAUACUUUAUAUUAUGCUGUGUUUACACUUGAGUGCCAACCUAGGUACAGUUUGUGGUUAACUGAACCCUGAUUAGGAGAAAUGAGUUUACACUUGAAAACUUAACCUCGGUAGAUUAUUCAGCUGGAACAGCGCCGGUGUUAUCAAUUUGAAUUCUGAGGUCAAAUUGCUACUGCGAUUAUUGAGAUUUUUCUGGCCAUUCUAUUUAUUUUGUGGUGGCUUCCGCUUGCAAGAUUCACUAUAAUUCAAGAUUAUCUUUUAGGGAUCACCUUGCCUGAUGUUUUCUCUGAUGUUUGUCGUUUUUGUUUUCAUUGUUUGCGCUAGUACGUUAGGGAUUCGCAGUCCCUUGACUUGGAAACUAGUUUGUUGUAAAGUAUUGUGUGAAAUGUCCAGCCAAAUUUUGUGGAUUUAAAAAACAUGUGGUAAUCUCAUGACUAUUGAGUAAACACUACUUGAGAAAUGACUGACAUUGGAAAGCGAUAGCUGACAAGAACUGUCAACAGAUUUGCCUGUAACCUUGGUUGAGUACGCUCAACCAUGCCUCCUGGAAUGGUUGAGCUCAACCAAACCUAGGUUUCGGAUCCUUUGUAAUUGCCGUCACAUAAGUGGCUAUUUGGACUGUGUUCACACACACUUCAAAUCUAACCUAGGUUGGGUAGUUACUCAACCUAGGUUGGACACUCAAGUGUAAACGCAGCAUUAGUACGUUAUCAUCUUCAAAAAGCUACUGUAGUUUCUGUACAAUGACCAUGAUCAGGGGUAGAUCCAUCUUGUAUGCAGUCGGCUUGUUCACAAGUCUUCUGAACGAUACAGUACUUCAUUUUAUGAUAUCAUCUUUAAAUUAUAUGAUGUUUAUGGUUCUGGUAGCAUUGGCUUGCACAAUUUUACUGUGGCCAUAAUUUUUAAAAAGGGGGAUUCCUUGCUAAUUUCACACCCAAAAUAAUGUCAGUGCCGUAUGUGGUAUCUUUUAAGGAAAAAUGCACAAGUUUUCCGAGUCUGUUUUUGAAGCCUGCAUCAGCUUUUCCUGUAUUUUGUUAGAAAAGAAUAAAAUAUCGUAGGUACUGCAUUUAGAAACAAGAGAACAAAUGCAUUUAAAAUGGGUAUGUCUAUGGGUAAAUAAUAAAAGACAACAUGGGAAAUGAA